CUUCGUCACCACACAACAGUUGCCUUUCCCUUCUCCAAACACCCGUCCAUCACUCAGCAUUCUCUAAACAACAACCAACAUUAACUAGCACUACUUACCAUUCAGCGAUUUAUGCGACCGUCCAUUCUCUCAAACACCUAGCACAAUGUAUAUCCGACAUCAUCGCUCUGAUGACCUAUACCCCAUGGCCAUCAUCAUGGCGGCCUGUGAUUUGAGGGAUCCAUUGGCGAUGAUAUAUCGACGAAGCAGCCUUAAUAAUACUAACAAUACCAAUACCAGUACCAACAACACUAACGUUUACGACCCUAAAAGAGCCGCCAGAAUAUGGACAGACCAUGUCAAAUCGACCAAACGGUCAAUCGAACUGAAAGUCCUGCAGCCUGGAUGUAUUUGCCAGGUCAUUGUACUCGAUCCAGAGGACCACGAUACAGCAACCUUGCAGGACGGUGUUACUGAUCCGAGAACUACUAAUCCGAAAAUCACUGAUCCGAGAGUUAUUAAUACUCGAGAUGUGGUCGGUUUUGCAAUAUUCAAGCGAUGUGGAGUAUCGUCUCGAGCUCUGGGCUGGCAGGCCGAAGGGCGCAGGUUGCCUACACGUGUCAGGUCAUUCGUGGUUCAUAGUAGUCUUGAAGUGUCACGUAGCUGGGACUCCAGCAUAAGCAUCUCACGCCUGGCACAGUACAUACAGCGACUCUACACUGCACCUCCUCGCGCGGCCCUAGGGAUUCCUGAUGAGCGAUGGGACAUUGAAGCAAUAUAUGUCCUUCCACACCAUCAGCGAAGAGGGUUUGGAACUACGUUACUUCGGUGGGUAAUAGACAGAGCGGUGGAGGAAGGUGUGCAGAUGUGUGUUUGGAGCACGGAAGCUGGUAGGGCUCUGUAUCUGAACGCUGGGUUCACGGAAGUUGGCACAAUCGAUUUUACAGAUAUGAGGGAAGGAAACGAUGGAGGGCAGGGUAUGGUACGGAUUAUGACUUGGAGGCUUCCAAACUGAGGAAAGUUGAACUGAUACUCUUGACUCUUAUUGUUUGUAUAACUUAACCCAACUACAUGUACUUUUAAAACUCUAAAGAAGAAA